CAUGCGCUGCCCGGACAAUUUCUUCGGUGCCAACUGCCGGUCGCGAUGUACCUGCACGAACAACGGCGUGUGUAACCCGGAGACCGGGGCGUGCGACUGUCCCCCCGGCUUCACCGGCACAAACUGCGAGACCCCGUGCCCCACCGGCUUCUUCGGCAAGAACUGCGACAGGGAGUGUCCCGUCUGUCACCCGACGGCGGUGUGUGACAGCGUGACGGGGGAGUGCCUGUGCCCGGCCGGGCUGGGCGGGCCGAACUGUGACCAGCCGUGUGUCGGGACCUGGGGAGAGAGCUGCAAGGAGACGUGUCUGUGUCAGAACGGCGGACAGUGUAACCCCGUGGACGGAACCUGCACCUGUCCAGCCGGGUAUGAGGGCACCAACUGUGAGACCCAGUGUACCGCAGGUACGUUCGGAGUGGACUGUCUGCAGGUAUGUGGACCAUGUUUGAAUGGCGGGACGUGCUCCCACAUCACGGGCGUGUGUGCCUGCGUUCCGGGCUUCACGGGCACCGACUGUGGGCAGGAGUGCCCGGCGGACACCUGGGGCGACGACUGCCGCUUCACCUGCGACUGUCAGAACGGCGCGGUCUGCAACAGAGAAACCGGCUGCGUGUGUACGGACGGGUGGACGGGAGCCCGCUGCGACGACCCCUGCCGACAGAACUUCUACGGACCGAACUGUAUCAACCAGUGCGUCUGCUACAACGGCGCCAUCUGUGACAGGUACAACGGCGUGUGCAUGUGCACGGCGGGCUGGGUGGGGUCCUCCUGCAGCGAGCCGUGCCCGAUCGGCUUCUACGGCGACAGGUGUGACAAGGAGUGCGUGUGUCAGAAUGGCGGCGCGUGUGACCACAUCACCGGGGCCUGCACGUGUCUGGCAGGGUACGAGGGCGACUACUGCGAACGGGCGCCGUGUUCUUGUGAGAACGGCGGACAGUGCGUGAACGACAGGUGCCAGUGUCUACCCGGGUGGACGGGACAGAAGUGCGAGUCGAAGUGUCCGGCAGGAUUCUUCGGGCAGAACUGCGACCGCGAGUGCACCUGUCAAAAUGGCGGCGUAUGCAACCACGUCACGGGCAUAUGUACAUGCGCGGAGGGAUUUUCAGGAGUCAAUUGUGAAACACGCGAAGGCUGUGACUGCGUCAAUGGGGAGUGCGGUUCUGACGGGACCUGCAGGUGCCAGGGAGGCUGGGGAGGCCCGAGGUGUAACACCAGACUCUGUGCGUGCGUCCACGGGGAAUGCGGCGCAGACGGCGUCUGUCGGUGUACGCCUGGGUACACGGGUACUCUCUGCGAUACUCCGAUUGUUCCGCAGUGCAUUCACGGAGAACUUGGUUCUGAUGGUGUCUGUCGGUGCAGGCCUGAUUACACCGGACAGUUUUGCGAAACCCCAAUAACAGGCUGCGUGUGUUACAACGGAGGAGAGUGUGGCCCAGACGGCAGGUGUCGCUGUAGACCUGGAUACACCGGCGAGCAGUGUCAGGUAGUCGUUGUACAGUGCGUGUGCUACAACGGCGGGGAAUGCGGUCCUGACGGUAGGUGCCGCUGUAGACCAGGCUACGUAGGAACGCAGUGCGAGACGCUUAUCUCCCAGCCAUGUGUCUGUUACAACGGCGGCGAAUGCGGACCGGACGGUAGGUGUCGCUGUAGACCUGGAUUUGCGGGAGCUCAAUGUGAGACUGCCGUCACUCCACCAUGUGUCUGCUACAACGGCGGCGAGUGUGGCCCUGACGGAAGGUGUCGGUGUCCACCAGGGUACACAGGCCCGCAGUGCGAGACUGUCGCGCCCAAAGUCUGUGUCUGCUACAACGGCGGGGAGUGUGGACCCGACGGAAGGUGUCGUUGUAGGCCAGGCUUCACAGGCCCUCGAUGUGAAACGUCCACAACUACACAGUGUGUCUGCUACAACGGAGGCGAAUGUGGCCCCGACGGAAGAUGUCGCUGUAGACCUGGAUUCACAGGCUCACAAUGCGAGAUUAUCGUACCUCCAACAUGCGUGUGUUACAACGGCGGUGAAUGUGGACCGGACGGUCGCUGUAGGUGUAGACCUGGAUUCGGAGGUUCACAAUGCGAGAUUAUCGUACCUCCAACAUGCGUCUGCUACAACGGUGGAGAAUGCGGACCAGACAACGUCUGCCGCUGCCCACCACAAUACACAGGACCGCAGUGUGAGACGCCUGUAACACAGCCAUGUGUCUGCUACAACGGCGGCGAGUGUGGACCUGACGGAAGGUGUCGCUGUACACCGCAGUUCACAGGGCCAAAGUGUGAGACACCUGUAACACAGCCAUGCGUCUGCUACAACGGCGGUGAGUGUGGACCAGACGGCCGCUGUAGGUGUAGACCAGGCUUUGGAGGAGAUCAGUGCGAGAUCAUCGUACCUCCAACAUGCGUCUGCUACAACGGAGGCGAAUGUGGACCAGACAACGUCUGUCGCUGCCCACCGCAGUUCACAGGGCCCCAGUGUGAGACGCCUGUAACACAGCCAUGUGUCUGUUACAACGGCGGCGAGUGUGGACCAGAUGGUCGCUGUAGGUGUAGACCCGGCUUUGGAGGAGAUCAGUGUGAGAUUAUCGUACCUCCAACAUGCGUCUGCUACAACGGUGGAGAAUGUGGUCCGGACGGAAGGUGUCGCUGUACACCGCAGUUCACAGGACCGCAGUGUGAGACGCCUGUUACUCAGCCAUGUGUCUGCUACAACGGUGGAGAAUGUGGCCCCGACGGAAGGUGUCGCUGUACACCGCAGUUCACAGGGCCGAAGUGUGAGACGCCUGUAACACCGUCAUGUGUCUGCUACAACGGCGGCGAGUGCGGAUCGGACGGUCGCUGUAGGUGUAGACCCGGCUUUGGAGGAGAUCAGUGCGAGAUUAUCGUACCUCCAACAUGCGUCUGCUACAACGGUGGAGAAUGUGGCCCCGACGGAAGGUGUCGCUGUCCACCACAAUACACAGGGCCGCAGUGUGAGACGCCUGUAACACCGUCAUGUCUGGCUACAACGGCGGCGAGUGACGGGGCGGACGGUCGCUGUCGCUGUAGACCAGGCUACAGCGGGGACAAGUGUGAAGUCAAAAGUACCUGCGACUGUGUCAACGGCGGAGAAUGCGGACCGGACGGACAUUGUCGGUGUCUCCCAGGUUUCACUGGAACUAGGUGCGAGAACCGCGCAUGCUCGUGUGAGAACGGCGGGACGUGUGACGCGGCAGGCCGGUGUGUCUGCACGGCGAUCUGGGCAGGCGCGAACUGUGACCGCUGCCGCUGCCAACAUGGCGGCACCUGCGGAGCUGACGGAAACUGCGCAUGCACAGCAGAUUGGACAGGGUCGUUCUGUCAGGAGGAGAGGGCACAAAGGUGCACAGCGCUGACAUGUAUCAACGGGGAGUGCGGCCAUGAUGGCACGUGCCGGUGCCUGCCGGGAUGGAUGGGAGAGAAGUGUGAGCAGCCAUCCGGGUUUAAGAGCCUGCAGCACCUAGACGGGAAGGAGAUCAGGUGCGGAAGUACCCGGAAGUACAAGGCCGCUAACCUACAGGUGUACGAGUGUAUGGACGUCGAGGUUAAUGGACAGCGCAUGGCCAAUGGCGUGACGUGUAGCAGCCGAUGGACCGGACGCGUGGGAAAGCCCACUCAGAAGAACUUCCGAAAGGAAAAGUCCGACGUCAAGAGUUUCUGUCAGACGCUGUUUGAAGAAGACGGCCUGGUCUUCCAGAUGGUUCUGGCGAAGUACGCCUGUGAGCAGACCAAGGACAUCCGUGUCCAGUGGUUCGAUGAUGGCUGGACCUCAGGGGUCCAGGACAAGGGGUACAUCAAGUCCCUCCGCUGCGUGUUCCGACCGGACGACAUGAAGUUGAACAGGAGAAAACAGAACUCUGCUCGGACCGCUAUAAUCAACGGCUAAAGCCACUGCAACUGACUGGAACAGGACCACUCCGUGUUUCUUAAACAGAGAACUACGAGAUCACGACCAACGUUAUCGGUCUUUGAAGAACAGAUCCACAACGGUGCAGCUUUCAAUUGUCUUCUCUAUUACUUAAUAACAUUUAUAUAAUAUAACAUUUAUAUAUAUUAUAUAAUAUAUAAAUGUUUAUAUAACAUUUAUAUAAUAUAUAAAUGUGUGCAUUAAAUGACUGGCUAUGAUUAAUCAACGGUGCUGUCGUACUUAAACGAUGAAAUUAAAGACGUGGGUAGUUUUAAUACAAUGACUUACAACAAAGUUGAAAACCUAUAUUACUUCCUUAACUUGCAUAUGUUAUUAAGUGUAAGGGCUGCAUAGUAUAGUCUUAACUUCAGUUUGAAGAGAGCACACUUCUAAAAAUUUCUAGAAUUUAAUUUUUAAAAUUUUUAAGAUGAUAUAGCUAGUCGAUUCUUUUUUAUCAGUUUGAUAUAGUAGACCGCAUUUCCACAUAUCACAAAUAAGUUGACUUAUCCAUAUGGAACGUGCAACAUACCUCGGGAUAUUUCCAUCCAUACACUUGAUGCAAUCGUCAAUUUAAGAACUUGUUUUUUCCGCAUUAUUUUGAUUAUGGUGCUUUGCAUAUGUACUAAUUUGUAGCUAAUUAAGUACGACUUUAUACCUAAAUAUUCGUAACGAAUACUGGAUGUAACUUAAGAGAUGCGCAACUUUCAUAUCUGAGGGGAAUAUUUGAACCAUAUCUUCUACUACCUAAUCUCUGGUGUAAGUAUCACUGCUAUGCACUUGUAACAGUUCCUGGAUUCAAUUAAAGACAUGAACCAAUCA